UGGUAACUAAUAUCUGAUACCCGACUUUCUUUUGUCAAGCGGUGGAGGCACUACGACGACCCGGCGAACCCCGGUAGCUAGUGUGUGUACUCUUUGAAGUUUUGACAAGUCUGGACACACCUGACAAAUGGCGGGCCAUGGAGAACAACGGGACCGUGGAGGCGAGUAUUGGGAGUACGGUGGCGAUCGUGGGUAUGAACGGGGUCCUCGACGAGGACCGCCAACCUCUGCUUUAACUGUGAUGAACCGGGGCACUAUGCUAAUCAGUUUCCUCGUCCACGUCGAUAUCCCAGCCAGAGGCCGGCUUCGUCUUCAGACUCUGGACGUGGGAGAUCCAUGUCACCACGCCGAUACGACCACGAGUACUCGGAAGCGGUCAGCGUCGAGUGACUCCCUUCAUUUGAAGGUUGCCGAGAUCGACAAGAGUGUUGCAGCGGUCUGUCAAUAUGUUGAAGUGGAACAACAGAAGAAGGCAGUGAAGGAACGGAGGAAAGCUGAGAAGGAUGCAGAGGAGCGCGCUAUGGCAGAGCAGGGUGAGUUGGCCCUCAAGAAGGAGGAGGAGGAGAAGGUGCGGAAGGCUAUGGAACGACUCGAGGAGAUGAACAAGAAUGUUGACAUAAGGUUUGUUGUACGAAUUGGGGAAUUACGUGAGGACGUACGGGACCACAUGCGACAUGAAAUUUGUGAAGCUUUCAGCGAACUUUGUGCCGCGAUGGCCAAGGGCAAGCAGGAGGUUGCUUACCAGCAGGAAGUUGGUUCGGAGAGCAGCGCAAGCAGCAGUGAGAACGAGGAAUUAGGUGCUCGCACUCGCAACUUGAGCAUCUCAGAGAAACCAAAACAUGGACCGGAGCCAGUCUUCGAGGUUAGUCCUCCUAUGGAAUUGCCUGCGAAACGUACGCUGCAGGGAGCGGUAGAACCGGUCAAACUGACUACAGGACUGACACGAUCCAGGGCCCGCGGCAAAACCAAGACCCCGAUACCGAAGAAGACCCCUCUGUUGAUACGGAAGAAGAUCCCCGCAUCCAUUGGCGCUGGCGGGGGACUGAAGUUGGAGAGACAAGUGAUGCACGACCUGAAGAACUUGGAUGCCCUUGUUCUGCAGAAUAUCUGCAAAGACGAAGGAAUCGCCUAUAACGGCAAGUUCAAGGUGAUUUUUGACAUUGCCGCACAUCGCACUCGGGUGGCCUACGGGUCGGAUGUGGAGACCGAUGAGGAUCCUUCCCAAGGAGGUAAUACUGUUGAGAUCGCAUCAGGCGAAGAAGGUAAGCAGGAAGGGGGGUGACGCGCUUUCAGUAUUGCUGACCUUUGGGGUAUAGUCGGCUCACUUAGGAAGCUCAAAUUUGUGAUUGGAGGUGUUGAUGGACUACGUUAAAGAUGUA